AUGAAACAUGUGCAUGCAGCUGACAACACUGAUCUUGAUAAAGAGGACAAGUUUGCCAAAGUGUGUCCUAUUCUGGACAUUCUAAAUGAACGUUUUCUGAAGUAUGGCGAAGUCUUUGGUCCAACUUCAAUAUCUAUCAAUGAAUCGAUGGUCUCGUACUAUGGAGGACAUCCAACUAAACAAUUCAUCCGUGGUAAACCUAUUCGCUGGGGUUAUAAAGCAUGGAUAGCAGCUUCUCUAUUAGGAUAUUCUUAUUUCAUUGAUUUGUAUCAAGGAAAACAUCGAGCAAAGAGUGACAGCUGCUACAAAGAUACUUAUGGCCUAGGUGGAGAAGUAGUUCUAAAAAUGCUCGAUAGACUUGAGUCUCAGUACCCUGGAAGAAAAUUUUCUCUAUUCUUUGAUAACUUCUUCACGUCAAUCAGACUCUUGGAGACAAUCAAAGAAAGAGGACACUCUGCGACUGGAACAGUUCGUAGCAACAGAACAGAAAAGUGUCCCCUGAGCAAUGCCAAACAGUUUGAGAAACGUUCACGAUGA